AUGAAGAUCUUGCGGCCUAUCAUCUUCAUUAGCGUUCCCAGGCUUUUGAACAAGAUUUACUCAAGGCUGCUCUUUGAAACACUGAAUGCUCCAGGCGUCCGAGGAUUUCUUUUCAGACGAGCCUUUUUAUCAAAAAGAAGAAAUUUUGAAGCCUCCGGGGCACUUUGCCACUCGUUCUGGGAUGCGCUUUUGUUUUCAAAGAUUGCAUCUGUUUUUGGGGGCAGAAUCAAAUAUGUCAUUUGCGGCUCAGCACCCAUCAAUCCAACCGUUUUGCAAUUUCUUCGCGUUGUGCUUUCCGCCCAAGUGUUUGAGGGAUAUGGCGCCACGGAAAGCUCUGCGUGUGGAUCAAUUACGACCGAGGGCGAUCCAUUAUGUGGCUCAGUUGGAUUUGCCACCAUAGGGGGCAAGAUCCGUCUCGUAGAUGUGCCAGAGUUGAACUAUAGCGUCGCCGAUAGUCCCCAACCGAGGGGCGAGAUCCUUAUCAGUGGCCCCUUUGUAUUCAGUGGAUAUUACAAGGAUGACAACAUGACAGCAUCUACGCUUACCCCUGAUGGCUGGCUGCAAACUGGUGAUAUCGGCACCGUUGACCGCGAUGGACGACUCUAUGUUAUUGAUAGAAAGAAGCAUGUAUUCAAAUUGGCCCAAGGCGAAUAUAUCGCGCCGGAAAAACUGGAAAAAGUCUAUUCAGAGUCGCGGUUUAUCAAUCAGAUCUUUGUUGAUGGCGAUUCUCUUUUCUCAUUCAUCGUCGCAGUGGUGGUUCCUGAGGCAGAUUACAUUGAUCCGGUGAUAUAUCAAGACAAGAAGAAAUUGGAGCGCUUCUUGUUGGAGGAGUUGAACUCGAUUGCUGUGGCGCAGGGGCUUCUCAAGUAA